UAGACAGUAUAUCUUUGAGACGCCAUCUGGCAUAUCCGGACAUAGAUGCACAUAAUCGCGAGCUGCUGCCCAUUCGAACGUGACAGCUUCUGAGAUACUUGUCAAAUUCUGUAUACGGCAAACAAACCAUCACCAGUUGGAAAAUACCAGACUGCAGCGAACAUGCCUUUUAGUUCUCAGGAUUCCGGAGUGACUGGCGCCGCCAAAUUCGUCACAUCGACCCUCGGCAACGCGGUCGGGGGCGUCUCUCGCACCGUUGGCGGGGUGACAGGCGCCGCGGGGCGAGGUGUCGGCGAUACCAUCACCGGCGCCACGGGGAGCGCAGGGAAGCCCGUUGGCGAUGCAUUGGGGAGCGUGGGAAGCGGCGUGGAGGAUGGAGCCCGGAAGGUUGCCAAGGGAAUUGAGGAUGCUGGACAGUGGAAAUGAGAGGGGUUGAGGAGAUCCGGAUGAUGAGGAGUAGAGUAAACAAUGAUGAUGUCGGUCGGUAGGCGGUGUGUCAGGUUGAGUGGUCUCCCUGCACUUUGACGGACUCUUAUUAUAUUGCUCGCGAUUGGUGAAUAAUUACCUAGGAGCAAUCUGGACGACCCUUAAUGAAUAUAUUGCUUCAUUGUUACUCCUUUUGAUAAUUCCUUACAUCUGCAGGUACAGAACCUCUACAUAACUGUGCUUGCAUAUAUUGGCGGCAUAAUAUCCCCUGGAGGAAAGCGGUCAGUACUAGCAGCACUAGGAUGGC